UCCUGUGUGCGGAGGUUCCGUGUUUUCUGGGCUACUACGAUGGCGAUGAGUUUCGAGUGGCCGUGGCAGUACCGCUUCCCGCCCUUCUUUACGUUACAGCCGAACGUGGACACUCGGCAGAAGCAACUGGCUGCUUGGUGCUCGCUGGUCCUGUCUUUCUGCCGCCUGCACAAACAGUCCAGCAUGACGGUGAUGGAAGCGCAGGAGAGCCCACUCUUCAACAACGUCAAGCUACAGCGGAAACUUCCUGUGGAAUCAAUUCAGAUUGUGUUAGAGGAACUAAGGAAGAAAGGGAAUCUCGAGUGGUUGGAUAAGAACAAGUCUAGCUUCCUGAUCAUGUGGCGGAGGCCAGAAGAAUGGGGGAAACUCAUUUAUCAGUGGGUUUCCAGGAGUGGCCAAAAUAACUCUGUAUUUACCCUGUAUGAACUGACCAAUGGGGAAGACACAGAGAAUGAGGAGUUCCAUGGUCUGGAUGAGGCAACCCUACUUCGGGCUCUGCAGGCUCUACAGCAGGAGCACAAGGCUGAGAUCAUCACCGUCAGCGAUGGCCGUGGUGUCAAGUUCUUCUAGAAGAGACUUGUCUCUCUUUACUUCUUACCUCCCACCCUUCUAGGGCUUUCAAAAAAAGACAGACUUAGUAUCCCCACAGACUGGAUCUGUGAAUCCACUAGAUUUAAAAGGGCUCUAGUCCUGAAGGCUGAGCCCCAGGGAUGAGUAUCCUGCUACCCCAUAUGUCUGUCCCUGGGAUGGGUGAGUCCAAGGUGCCAAGGAGAAAAGAUAUGCUUCUUUGUGCCGUACCUCCUCUCCCAUCCUAGACUGUCCCUGAGCCAGGGUCUGUAAACCGACACUUUACAUGUGUCCACACAAGUAAAUACAUAUACAUAUGCACCUGCACAAGUUUCUGUCUCCACCUUCCCACCAUUUGCUACUGUUGCCUCCUUUCUCAGGCUGAUGCUUGGUCCUUCCUAGGGAAUGAGAAGCCCUGGCUGCAGGCAGCCUUCCAGGCAAUAUGAAGAUAGGAGGCUCCAGAAGGGACCUGGCCAUGAGAGGCAGGUCUGACCCUGAUUUAUGAUAUUAAAAUCUUAAAUCUUA